ACGACAAGCCCGGGCACCGGAGAUAAUGAACGAAGUGAGCUCGUACCGCGACCCGCUGAUGUACAAUGAGUGGCCGGUCUACACAGCGCUGCCACGAGCCGCGCCCAGGUUCAGAUACCAAUAUCCGACGGUACCACGCGAGGCAUAUGGACGAGUGGUGACUAAGGCGCCGCCGAACGUGGUGCGCACUCCUGAUUACGAUGAGAUGUUUGGAAUGCUGAAUGUGCCGCACACGUCCGGAAAAAUUCUGCGAUACUCGGGACCCUCACGACCUCGUGGUGGACCUACCUUCAUGGUGCCACCACAGCGGGACAGGUUAGGAUCAUAA